GAGAGCGAGGGAAGAGACUGCCAGGCAGGGGAGGACAGUUGGCCGUGCCGCUCGCUCCCAAACGCAGGUGGAGGAGGAGAGUGUGUGAGCGUGGGGGACAGAGAGCGAGACUAAGGCUGAUCGGAGCAUCAUUUCUCCAGCGUUGCGGACGAGGCGAGACCAGAGCAGGAGAGGCAGAGUAAAGCAGUGCAUGGACACCAGUGAGAGCACGUUUUGCCGGUGCCGGAGACACGACCAGGACUCAGGGAGAGACAGCAGGAGGAGCACAGUGUGUGGCUGAAGACCCGCGGAUUCUCUCACUCCUGCUGUUGGGCUGAACUUUAGCUGCUUUACUCAGCUGACUGUGGAUCAAAAAUGACUUCAGAAACACUUUAUUAUAAUGUAGUCAUUUUGGGCACACGGGCAUCUCUCUGAUGACUACUGGACUUUAUAUUACUGGGCUUAUUUAUAUUAUUGGUCUUACUGUAUGCAGAAAGAAAAUCAGGUCCUCAUAUGCAAAACUUUUCUGUUUUAAUUAAUUAGUUAAUUAGUUAUGCGGCAAACAGACCUUCAGUAGUAUUGUGAUUACUUUAAGUGCUCUUGGCAUAAGGUCCUUUUGCAAUGUUCUGUUUUAGCCAGAUGUGUGUGUGUGUGUGUGUGUGUGUGUGUGUGUGUGUGUACAUGACACACUCUUCAGCAGUAUUUGAUUUCCUUGUUGGACUGGUGCCUGCUGUGCACUGCGCUGUGUGAGCGUGUGUGUGUGUGUGUGUGUGUGUGUGUGUGUGUGUGUGUGUGCGCGCGCCACUCCGAGUCUCUGUGUUUCUUCACGAGCGUCUGGUUCUCUCUGUGUCCAGAUGCCAGCAUCGAUUAUCUUCACAGCACCAUGGGAGAACUCGGGCCGCGAUCCGUACACUACUGAUCCACAGCGGGACUGACAGGACACUGUUCCGGGAAUCUCACUGUGGCGUGCGCCGGUCCUGAUUGGCUGAGCGUCGCUCUGACAGGUUUUGCGUUGGUGGAACUCGUUGUCUUUUGUUUGGGUCCGUCAAGAUUCCAUCUGGCAGGAUUCCGCCCCGCAGUCUAUCGCCAUGGCAACAACCUGGCAGCUGUGAAGUUCUAUCUGGUCGUUUUCACAAGUUAGCGUUGGGCGAGCUUUUGCGGGCGCUGCCGUUCACGCAGACCGAGGUUCUGAGGAGCUUCUCUCCUCUCUUUCAUCUUUUACUCGUCUGCUCUGUUCAUUGACAGUCGGGCUCUUACGUUUUGUACGGUUUGGUGCUUUGUAGCCCUCAUAAUUUUUGGACGACCAUAUCCAUCAGUACUUGCGAUUAGGUGCUCAGGUGACGGGUCACCGAUGUUCAGGUCAUGUUCAGGUUCUUUGGUAGUUUGCAUGUGUGUGACUAAGUCUGCAUCGCCAUUAAACUCAGGUCUCCCGAGAGCCUCGCCAUCGUCAACGUGCCACAAACCAAUCGCAGAGGUGUGCGUCGGCUAACCUCCUACCUGGCAGGCUUUGCCCCUUUCAUUCCCUUCACGUGUGCCCACGUCAUUUUUAAGCUCACGUUUUUUAGCUUCUGUACUGUCUCGCCUUCGGUUCAGACAGACUGGAAUGGAAUCCACGCCAGACCUCAGUCAGCCGUGGUGAACCAACGGCGUGCCAUCUUGGACUGAACCGUUGCGGCUACACAGGGAUUCUGCCAUAUUCUUCAUCUCUUGGUGCUAGUCUGAGCUGCUUGGCUCUGGCGUCUCUGCUGUUACUGAGCUGUUUUUACCCCCUUUGCACUGUUUCCCCUGAACACUGUGCGCCUGUGUGGCGUGAAGCGCUACCCGCGGCGAACCAGCCGCGACGCUAGGAGCUCUGAAUGCCAUCUGACUGCGCAGCAUCGAUGACAUGGUGCAGAUCUUGAGCUGCUAGGCCGCUUCGUGUUCCAUGCGGUGUGAUUAUAAUCACCGGUGCAUUUGAACAAGUCCACGAAGUCUUAGAACUCACAGAACCUCUUCAGAGCUGUACUGUAAAGACACUGUUUAUCAUCAGUUCAUCAGUCAUUUUUAAAGUUUCACAGCGGUGCGAGACUGUGCCCCGGUGAUACCCGACAAGCUCCACCCCCUCCUGCCUGGGUGCUGUGGGCUCCAACCCACUCAGCUCGUCCGUUAGGCGACAGACGUGCAACUUCUGUAACGGCACAGAGUCGUGUGAGCAGCUACGCCAUCUCUGGUCCAACGAUGAAGGACCCAGCAGACACAGAGACACGUUGGACCGCAACGCAAAAGAGACAAGCACGCUGUGAUUUUUUUCGACAAAGAGACUUGGAGAGACCUUAGGAGGAACUAAGAGAGACUUGGAGAGACCGUAGGACAAACUAAGUCGUCCUCAGAUUGAAUGCCGUCGCCGCGCUAAACACGCCGCCAUGGAGAUCGCGCCCAAAACCAAAUACACUCCCUUCAGGAGCGGCUCUUUCAGCUCGGCAGACGAGACCACCUCCAACCUCUCUCUCCCCUCCUCUGCUCCGCCCACUCCUCUCACUCCUCCUGGCAUCCCUUCUUCUCUCUCUUCCUCCUCGCUCGCCCCCAUGCUCCCCCCCGUCUCGCCGCGGCCGGCCGAGAACAGCCCCACCACGCUGUGUUCCUUCUUCCCCAGGAUGGGUGCCCUGCGCCUGGGCAUGUCUGCCACUCUGCUCCCUGGUCUCAAGGCCUCCAGCAGGUCUGAGCAGGCGGCUGGACCCCUGCAGGUGCCGGCAGUGGAGGCCGUGCAGGGGGCGCCCGCCGCGCUGUCCGCCCUGCCUCUAACCGCUCCAUCUCCCCCCCCUCGCCCCCCCCAGGACAUGAACCGGCUGGGCGGGGCAUCGCGGAGGGCACGGGUCGAAGGGGGCCAGCUCGGAGGAGAUGAGUGGACGCGCCACGGUUCCUUCGUCAACAAACCCACCCGAGGAUGGCUGCACUCGGACAACGUGGUCAGCACCACCGGCGUCUCCUACGCCGUCAGGUAUAUGGGCUGUGUGGAAGUUCUGCAGUCCAUGAGGGCACUGGACUUCAACACCAGAACUCAGGUUACCAGGGAAGCCAUAUCAGUGGUGUGUGAGGCUGUACCAGGUGCCAAAGGAGCUCAGCGCAGGAGGAAGCCUUCCUCUCGUUGCCUCUCCUCUAUCCUGGGGAAGAGUAAUCUCCAGUUUGCUGGAAUGACUAUAAGUCUCACUGUCUCCACCAGCAGCCUCAACCUACUGGCAGCUGACUGCAAACAGAUUAUCGCCAACCAUCACAUGCAGUCAAUCUCUUUUGCGUCCGGCGGAGACCCAGACACUGCUGAGUAUGUAGCCUACGUAGCCAAAGACCCUGUCAACCAGAGAGCGUGCCACAUUCUGGAAUGUUCUGAGGGUUUGGCCCAGGAGGUGAUCAGCACCAUCGGACAGGCCUUUGAGUUACGCUUCAAACAGUACCUGAAGAACCCGCCCAAACUCGUCACCCCACAUGACAGGAUGGCCCCAUUUGAUGGGUCAGCGUGGGAGGAGGAGGAUGAAGACUUGGCUCCGCCCCCCGAGGUCCCCUACUAUAAUAACUUCCCUGGGAAGCAGCCGCCCCCAGGAGGUCUGGUGGACAUGAGGACACGUCCUGGACACAGCACUGGGCCCACACUGCCUUAUGGACAGCCUGGAAUGAACGAUAUUCAUAAGCAACCUCUGCCUCCAUUACCAGUAGGAGCGAAGGACGGAGGCCUGUUUGACGACCCAUCGUAUGUCAACGUGGAUAAACCCCGUCCCCCUGUGGCUGCAUCCAAUGGCAGUGCUAACAGAGAUGCGUUUGAUAUGAAGCCAUUUGACGACGCGCUAGGCGGGCCAUGCACAGCGGUGCUCCCUCUGGCCGAGCAGCUGCAGAACGAGUCUUGGUUCCAUGGCCCCCUGAGCCGGCGGCAGGCCGAGCGACUGCUCAGCAGGGACGGGGACUUCCUGGUGCGCGAGUCCGGCACCACGCCGGGCCAGUACGUGCUGACCGGCCAGCAGGGCGACCAGCCCAAGCACUUGCUGCUGGUGGACCCGGAGGGCGUGGUGCGCACCAAGGACCACCGCUUUGAGAGCGUCAGUCACCUGAUCAGCUACCACAUGGACAACAGGCUGCCGAUCGUGUCUGCGGGAAGUGAGGUGUGUUUGCAGCAGCCCGUGGAGCGCAGAGCCUAGGGGGAGGGGCAUCUUGCCCGCACACCCCCCGCCCGCACGCCAUGACCCCUCCCUGUCUGCCCUGCACUCUGGAGAUCUCUUUGCUUGUUUGGGGGUUUUUUAAAGAGUGUGAACAAAAGACAAAAAGGAACAUUGAGUUUGUACUUUGCUGUCAAUCAAGACCAAGAGGUGGUCGCACCCACCGGAAAACACGACUCCAACAGAAACUGCCAAAAAAGGGACAACCACAAAGCCCUAUGGAACGGGUGUGAUGUCACUCCCUCUGAGUGUCAGGCGACAUGACCCGAAAGAGCGGAACUGUCCCUGUUUUGAUCCACUCCAAAGAGACCCAGACACUGGGAAGGCUGUUGCCUUUGGCUUGGUGAAUUCAUUCUCAGAAAACUAUUUAGGAUCACGUGUUUGUUCAGAUCAGGUUCCGGAUGUUCCUGCAGUUAUCCAAACACGGACUCUAAUCUUAAAGUUCUUCACCAUGCAUUAAAGGGUUAAUCCUUCAGAUGGUCAUCCUCCAAACCUGCAGGAUUCUGACUGCUAAACCACCGGGCUGGGUGGAGUCACUGGGCUGACUCACCACCGGGCUGGGUGGAGUAUUUUCUAAUCACUCCUCUGAAGGUCCCAGGUCCCACUGGGAGUAAUGGGAACACUGGGAACACUCCGUGACCUUGCAUGUGAGGCUCCAGGUAGCACGCUCUCACACCAGAUGCAGUUCUUUAUGCAAAAAACAAACUCCUCCCAGGUCCCGUCGGCCAUAUUAAUGGAGGUCACGGAGGGACGUGGUUGAUUUAAGACCCGCGACCCGUCUGCCUAAAACACUGGAGCCGAAGACGAGAGUAGACGAGAGCAUUAAACGAGAAACACGACAGAAGCACCAUAAUCCCACCGCUUGGAAACAAUGAGCGGAACUUAAAA